AGAAUCAGCUGAAAGCUCCGUUACUUUCCAGCCACCGGCACCCAAGACCACGCCCGAGCCCAAGCCCCGACCGCCAGCCCGCCUCGCCCCCUCAGCCCGCCCCAAGGCUCCCUCCAUGGCCUCCUGCAGGGCUUGAGGUGGUCAGGCUCCCCACAGUGCUGCCCCUCGCAGUGCCAGGGCAGUGCCACACCUGUAAGCUGCGGCGCCAUGCCCGAUCUGAGGGCGCCGCUGGCCUGUUACUGCCGCUAACACAUGCUGGACUACUGCUACUACUACUACAACUACUAUCAGUGAGCUUCUUCUACCAUAUCCACCCAUGCCAUAACACCACCACCACCACCACUGCAGCAGAGAUGGAUUUUGAAAGCCCUGAUGUGGAGAAGGAGUUUCCGGGCCUGUACGCCUCCGAGUCCUCCAGACGCAGCGACAGCGAUUACUAAAGAAUUCUGAGCACCGAUUCUGUAGCGGAAAGUGUUGGUGUGUGUCAUUGCUUGCCGCUCUAAUAUGCAUGACGCUCUCGUAAAUUAGCACAGAUGGAGACAGCGGGCAUGAACGGGGGGGCAAGAAGGAGCUGUUGAGAAGCAAAAAGAAGGAGCGGAACGACAAGAAGAAAGACAAGGGUUACGCGGCGCUCGGAGAAGACAGCUCGCCAGACGACAUGGAGGGCCAGGACACAAGGAAUCCUUUGAAGCCCAAGAAGCAAAAAUCCUUCAAGUUCCUCCACAAGAGAGAGAAAGAGGAGAAGGAGGACAGGAAGGAGGAGAAGAGGAAGGAGAAGGUGGAGAGAAAGAUUGACAAGCGGAAGGAGAAGGAGGAGCGGAGGAAGGAGAAGGAGGAGAAAAAGAGGUUUAAGAAGGACAAGAAGAAGAAGGAGGAACAGGAGGAAGAGGAAGUGCCUGUGUUUGGAGUGCCACUGUGCCUGGCCGUCCAGCGCUGCCCGGCACACGAUGGCAUCCAGCUGCCCGCCAUUGUCAGGGAGUGCAUUGACCAGAUAGAGGAGCGGGGUCUCCACUGUGAGGGCAUCUACAGGCUGAGUGGCGUCAAGAGCAAAGUACAUCAACUGCGUCGCCUCUACAACACUGGGGAGGCUGUGAGGCUGUGUGACCAGGAGCCGCACGUCAUCGCAUCCCUCCUCAAGCAGUACCUCAGGGAGUUGCCGGAGCCAGUGUUGACGUCGGACAUGAUGCCACACUUUGAGGAUGUAGCGAUGAUUCCUAACCCCGGGGAGCGCGCCGAGGCCAUGCGCCAGCUGAUCAACCGCCUGCCAACCGCCAACCGCCUGCUGCUCCAAUACAUGUUCAAGCAUAUGGGACACAUCAUUGCAAGGGAGCGUGACACCAAGAUGACCUACCAGAAUGUGAGCAUCGUGCUGUCGCCCACCAUGCAGAUUUCUCACCGGGUGCUCAAUGUCUUCUUCCUCAACCAUGCCUACCUCUUUGGGGGAGUCGCCAUCAAAAAGUACAUUCCGCCCAUUGGUAGCAGCAGCAGCGGCAGCAGUGGAGAGCGGAGUCUGGAACAGCUGCAAAGUGUGGCAGAGAUUGAGGUGGAAAUGAUGAAGCAGGAAUCUCUGUUGGCACACCUCCAUACUCAGGUAACCGCUGGGCAGGUGUCUCGGAGCAAGGAGGAGCGGCUUUGGGAGGCCCAGCGCAUUGUGACCCUUCUUAAGAGGAAGCUUCGGUCAGCCCAGCGGAGGGAGGAGGAGGAGCGAGGGAGGCGGCUGCGGAAGGAGCCGCCAGAGAGGGAGGUCACAUCGGAGGAGUGCGAGGGCGACAUAUCCUCCUAUAGAGGCGGCGCAUCAGCCUCCGAGGACAGCAGUGAAGGCGGCGGUGGUGGUGGUGGCACUGGCGGCACUGUUGGGGGUCUACAGCGGCACCCUACUCAACCCACCACCACCACCACCACCAUCACCACCACCAAUAAUGUGACAGUUAUUAGCACGGAGGAAGUGCCGACUAGUGAUGAUUGUGUUUCCGGCACUGCCAUUGUUGACGAGUGCAGUGCCGUGAGUGCCAGUGUUAGUGUGGCACCUCAGACGGAUGGUGAUUCGGCACUCCAGGGUGAUGUCAGAGUGCCAAGUGAUGAGCCCAAAACCGAGGAGGAGAAGGAGGAGGAGGAAAAGAAGGAAGAGGAGGAGGAAAACAAAGCUAGUGAUGUGAUCAAACUGGAGGAAGAGGAGAAGAAAGAGGAGGAGGAGGAGAAGGAGAGAGAAACAGGGGAACAAAUAGAUGGAGAGAGGAGAGAAGAAGGAAAGAAAGAGAGAAGGAAAAAGGAGAAGGAAUUGGAGGAGGAGGAGGAGGAGGAGGAAAAAUUCACCAACUUCACCACCAAAAUCUCCACCAAUGAGAGAGGACCCCAAGUUACUGUUAUACAAAUAGUGCCACAGGGAACAGCGGGGGUGGCACAGGGGGCCUCAGGGGUGCCGCAGGGGAGGGGAGAGCUGCCCCCGCCCCCUCGACCUGAGGCAAGACGUUUGGCUGUUGAGAAAGUUACGCUGAGAGAGACUCGGAGCCUUGACGACACUAGGCCUAAGGACAGCGAGCUCCUGUCACUGGUGGCCCGCGAGAUGCUUGUUGCAGCAGAGCACGAGGAGCUGUUGUCCAUGAACCAUGACCUCAUGCGGAAGCUCAAGGCCGAGCGCGCGGAGAUAACCAGACUCAGGGAGGAGAUACAGGAGAUGCAGACACUCUACGGCUACAGAACCUAUUCCUACGACAGCAGUGAGAGUGACGGCAGUGAGAGUGACCGCGAGAGUGACACGGAGGAGGAGAUGCUGACCAGGCUGUCCCACGUCACCAAGGCCAACAGAUUACUACAGGAGGAGAACCGAGCCCUAACACGUCGCAUACAAGAAGAACGCGAGGCUGUGGUCCAAAUGAGGGUCAGGCUACAACAGGCCCAGUGGCGUGACCUUUGCCCUGACACCCCCAUGGCACCCGUCUGCUAGCGCCCCACCACCCACGGCAUCCCUAUCCCCAUGCCCUGCUUCAAGAGUGCCUCCUGACCUACCCUAAGGCACUGGGCCCUGGCUGGUCUUGGCACAUGGUUCAAGAGUGCCUGCCAACCUAUCCUGUGGCACUUAUGCUUCAAGAGUGCCAGCCUAACUAUCCUAGGAUACUACUGUUGGCACUUAAGCUUCAAGAGUGCCUGCCAACCUACCCUGUGGCACUGAGACUGGACACUGGCUCUUGGUGGCACUCCUGGUUGGCACUUCUGGCACCUCUAGAUCUCCUGUCUGGCACUUAACUUGACCUCAUGGAAAAAAGGAAGAUUUGAGAGACUAGAUGAAGGAAUAUUUGCCAGACAGACAGAUUAUAGACAGCCAGGCAGCCAUAUUGGUGGCAUUGGUGGUUGUGGUGGUUAGCCAAGUACCAAUUAUGCUUUACAGAUGUUUAAAGAAAUAUCUAUCUAUGAAUACUGGGUAACCAUAAUGUGUGUGUGUGUGUGUGUGUGUGUAUCGAGAAAGAGACAUCCACACGUUCACACACACACACACACACACGCACAGAGACAGAGGAGGGCAGAAAAUCAUAGUAUAAUAAUAAUAAUAUAACCUGUUUAUAUACACCAGUUAUUAUGUUUUACUAUUGUUAUGUUUUAUAAAGGCUCAUAUAUACCAUUGUUAGGACUGACAGGUGAAGAAUAAGCUUGCGGACAGACAGACAGACAGAGAUAGACAGAUAGAUAAACAGACUUUUUGGCAGAGAAACAGAGAGACAGAUAGAUAGAGAGUUAGACAGAUAGAUAAACAUACUUUUUGGCAGAGAAACAGAGAGAUAGACAGAUAGAUAAACAGACUUUUUGGCAGAGAAACAGAAAUAGACAGAUAGAUAAACAGACUUUUUGGCAGAGAAACAGAGAGUUAGACAGAUAGAUAAACAUACUUUUUGGCAGAGAAACAGAUAGAUAAACAGACUUUUUGGCAGAGGGACAUAGAGAUUGACAGGCAGAAAAACAGACUUUUGACAGAGGAAUAUAGACAGACAGAGAUUAAAAGACAGACACACAUACAAAGAGACAGACAGACAGGUAGAGAUAGACAGCCAAUCCAACAGACAUGCAGCAAGCUCGUCCCUUUGUAAUAUUAAGUCCCACUACUACAGCCACACUAUGGACAACGCUUCUGGUGCUACCCUCAAACGCACGGCGCCGGCACUGUGCCAGGCCGAGGUGCAGGAUGACAUAGUGUUCCGUUCGUCCAUCGUCCUAGAAUCGGUGCCUUGAAUUGACCCUUGUUGACCUGUGGCGGCAGAGUUUGAUUGACCUGUUCAGCGGAAUGUUAUGGAUGGUGAAGAAGCUGAUGUUGAUGAUGAUGGUGAAAAUAAAAAUCACUAUACGUAAA